AUGACAUUUAUCUCCAAGUCAGUGUCAUUGCCAUCCAUUCUACGGUUGGGAUGGAGAUGGAGGCCCCUUAAUUUCUCCAAUCCAAACUUCGUUCGGAUACUUGAAUACCACAAUACUAAAGAAGAGACAAUCCCAGACUAUAUCGCUUCCUGCUAUUAUCUUACUCGAAUAGGAGAAGUCAUCAAGGAGCGAUAUCAAGUCGUAGGUAAAUUGGGGUUUGGAUCUACCUCACCUGCGUGGCUUGCCUGGAACAUGAAUGGUCGUCGAUAUGCUGUUCUCGAGAUCUUCAUGCAUGCCUGGUCUAUGGGUCGACGUAUAGAGCAGUCCCCAAAAGGCCAUCCCGGUCGUAACGCCAUCAGAAUGUUACUUGAUACGUUUUACAUCGAUGGGCCGGAAGAUAAACACCGAUGCCUUGUGCAUCCCCCAUUAUGGGAGAGUGUUUUGACUUUUUUAUGCCGCGACCCAGUAGAGAAGCUGCCUCCAUCGGUCAUAGCAGUCGUUCUUCUGCGCCUUUUUUUUUUGGCAUUAGAUUAUCUACAUACGGAGUGCCACAUCAUACACACUGGUUUCGACGUCGAGGAGAAGGAGCUUCAAUGCCCUGUUUCGAGGAAGGAAGUGGACUUGGACAGGAGAACCAUCUACAUGUCCCGGGAUCUCAGAAUACCUACGAAUUUGGAGACCCCAGUCCUAUGCGAUUUUGGUUCGGCUGUUCUCGGCAACCAAUUCCACGUGGAAUUCGUUCAACCUAAUAUCUAUCGAGCACCGGAAGUGAUUCUAGGAGUUCCAUGGACGUAUAGUAUUGACAUAUGGAACAUAGGAUGCAUGAUUUGGGACAUCUACGAAGGCGGUUCCUUGUUCACCGAAGUACUGAAGUCGAGCCCAUCUCGUGAAAUGAUAAAUCUUCUUGGUCUCCCGCCGCCUAGUCUUCUUGCCCAACGGGUGCUAACAGACAAAUUCUUCUUAGGAGAAGGUGAUUUCUGCACUAAGAACUUAUUUAAGGAUUUGGUUCCGCUUUAGGAGCGGGAGACUACUCUUGAGGGUGAAGAGGAUAGAAAGCCUUUUUUACGCCUAAUGCGAAAAAUGUUGCAGUGGAAGCACAGAAGCGUAGCUCUCUGCUAAGGAGCUAGCGGAUGACGGAUGGAUACACAAGCAUUUGUGAAUAAAAUUCUACGGAGGCUUUGCCUGUAGAAGCUGAACCUCCUGAAAGCACCACCCACCUUGCCGGCUUGCGAUGUGAAUAGAUAGUAUGUUGUAUGUCUAAACAGAUUCAACCCUGGAUGCUAACUCGAUGGAGCCGUGGAAAAGGAGCUAGACUGGAAUGUAUGCCAAUCUAAUCAAUCCCGGCCGAUGAAAUAAGGGCCCGAGGAAAUAUUCUCCGGUGCUCCAGACACGCGCCAUAGGUGAGGGUUGAAGAUGCCAGACGGCUCUCAAUCCCGAGCCCUAUACUUGAAUUUUUUCGUC